ACCAAGCACGGGAGAGCAGCUGCAGCUGGAGAGGCCUGGCAUGGACACGGUGCCCGUGUACCACGGGGCCAUCAGCCGCGAGGCCGGGGAGAAGCUGCUGCUGGCGGCGGGCACGGACGGCAGCUACCUGCUGCGGGACAGCGAGAGCAUCCCGGGAGUCUACUGCCUCUGCGUGCUGCAUCAGGGUUAUGUUUAUACCUACAGAGUGUCCCAGACACAAACUGGUUCCUGGAGUGCUGAGACAGCACCGGGGGUCCACCGGCGGCUCUUUCGGAAAGUGCACAACCUCAUUUCAGCCUUCCAGAAACCCAACCAAGGCAUUGUAACACCCCUGCAGAACCCAGUUGUCAACCAUGUGAGAGCCAAUUACUCCCCAGGUACUUGUGGGGGGAGGAAAUCUUGGCUGCAGCUGAGCAGAGCCCUCCAUGGUGGCAGGGAUAGGGGUCUUAGACUUGUUUGA